CCAGGAGCGGUCCCGGGCCGGGCUCAGGAGCGGUUCCGGGCCAGACCCCAGGAGCGGUUCCGGGGCAGCCCUCGGCGGGCGGGCUGCUCCGGGGCGGUGUCCGGUGUCACUGCCGCUUCCUCGGCGGGCGAUUCGAAGGCGAUGUCGGGAAGCAGGGCCGCUGCCGCUCCCUCGGCGGGCGGGCGGGACACGAUGGCGCUGUGCUCGGAUCUGGAGUCCUCGCUGUCGCCGCUGGAGGCGGGCGGCGGCCGGGCCGAGCAGCAGCAGGAGCAGCAGGGGGACGCAGCCCCCAUGCCCAUGGUGUUUAUGUGCGGCGGCUGCAGGCGGCCCGUGGGCGACACCACGAGCUGGGAGUUCAAUGACGAGGAGAGCGGCUGCAUCGUGCUGCGCAGUGCGGCCGCCAGCGUCACCGUAGACCCGGAGCGGAAGCUCUCGAUGCUCCCCGGCGAGUACGGAUGCAUGGUACAAACCUUAUUCUGCUCUGGCUGCUCAAGGACACUUGGCAGCAUCUACAGGUGCACUCCAAGGCAUCUCGACUACAAGAGAGAUUUGUUCUGUUUCAGUGUUGACUCUGUUGAAAGCUAUAUUCUAGGAACCACAGAAAAGCAAGCUGUUAUUCAUGAGGAGCCCCUUACUCUUGAAAGUCGAGCUGUCUUCCAAGAGGAGCUGCAAAGGGUAGAUAUGAUAGUCAGAGCUCUGGAGACAAAACUGAGCACUAUUGAGUCUCGUGUGGCUGCUCUGCACGGGCCGGUCUGAGAGGAAAUGCAAGUUGAGCUGCAGGACAAUGGCCAAGGAAACAGAUGAAGCUUGAAGAAACUUGGAGAAAUUUGUACGUGUGAAAACAAGCUGCUCUCUCUUCAGAGAGCUGUUCUCUCUUCAGAGCAAGGUGUUUGAUGUUAGUUGGCAAUAAAGGUUCUGUGUUUUCUCCUA